AUGUCAUCGCCGUCCCCGGACGCCAGUGACAUGUAUGUCACGUUCUACGGGCGCGGCAAGCCAGUGCCUGCCGAGCGGGCGUUCUUCCACACCGGCGACGGAGGCGGAGACCCACUCGAUGAGCUCUCGGGCCUGAUACGAUAUCAUCCGGCCAUGUCCCGCGCCAUCCUCGCCGACCCACCGCCUCGCUCGGCCGCUCCUAUGUCGCCUCGCAAGACACGAGGCGAAGGCAAAGGUGAUGGGGGGGGUGCUGACGACGGCGAUGAUGCUGAUGUGGUGGCUGCGCUCGCCGAGCUCGAUGGCCUGGUGGCGUAUGCACCGACCAUGUCGUUGGCGCUCUCGCCGUACACGUCGCCAAAGCCAUCGCCAGUGCGUGGCGAGGAAGAGGCUAAUGCGACCGAGACGGAGACGAUGGUGACGGAGGCGAGCGCGAGCGGCUUGGGCGUGGAUCACACGCUGACGUAUCGCGGGACGCUGGCAGCGCGGACGGUCGAUCUAACGCUGACGCUGGCGUUGGAUGGCGGCGGGAGCGCGAGCCGGCCCGAGUCUACGAGCUCGACGGUAGUGAACCAAGAUCAAGUGGUGCGGUUCGAGGUGACGGCGCCGUCGCUCGAUGUCAUUCCGUGGUCGCAGCUCGAGCUGGAGACGGUGCUCUCCCGCGGCGGGUUUGCGGUGGUGUGGCGGGCGCGAUACAUGUACGACGAGGUGGCGGUCAAGAUUGUGUCGUCGCUGGCGUACCUGGGCCAGGUUCAGUCGUUUGUGGAAGAGGUGGCCAUGCUCGCGGCGCUGCGGCACGCCAAUGUGGUCUUUUUGGUUGGCAUCUGCACCGAGGUCUCGCGCUGCGCCAUUGUCAUGGAGAACAUGGCUGGCGGCGACCUCGCGCGCGCACUGCACGGCAAGCACCGCAUUGGGCUGGAGAUCGGUACCCGCCUUCGGAUUGUCCGCGAUGUCGCCCGCGGCCUCGCGUACCUCCACCGGCAUGGCCUCCCGCACCGUGACCUCAAGCCGGCCAACGUCCUCCUGGUCUCGGCCUCGCCGCUCGUGCUCAACGAGCCGUCACUUUCGGUCCGCGCCAAGAUCGCCGACUUUGGCCUCUCGGGUGUCAAGCUCUCGCAUGCGGGUCGGUCGUUUGCCUGCACGCUCCGCUACGCUGCGCCUGAGGUGCUCCUUGGCGAGGUCUCAGGCACGGUGAGCCACUCGUCGCUCGUUGCCGCCCGACGAUGCGACAUGUACUCGUUCGGCUUGCUCGCUGUCGAGGUUCUCUCCGGUGUGCGGCCGUUUGAGCACCUUGCACACGCCGCCGAUCGACACGCCAACGUCUACGCUCCGCCGUUUAGUGACGAUACACUCGACAUUGUCGACGUCAUGUGUGACGACGCCGGUGCGCACGAACGGCCGGAGAGUGACGCCAUCCUCGCGGCGCUCUCGACGCUCCGGUCUUGA